AUGAGUAAAAGAAAAGAAUAUCAAGUUUUUUCAAGAAUUCAUGUAAACAUGAGGACAACAGUCAUUCUUCAAGAUACAGAAUUUGCUUUUAUUGUUCUCCAAGUACCUAGGAGGCAUUGGUCAUUCAACAAUUAUCAAAUAUUGAAAGAAAGUAGAAAAUGGCCAACUUUAAGUCAUUGGGUAGAACAGGUAUUAGCGUCAGCUAUUCUAUUGAAUGAAAAAAGAUUGGAUCUUUUAGGAAUAGAUGAAGAUGAUUUCCUUUUUUCAAUGGAUGGAUCUAAAAGUGAUUCAAGAUUUGAACCUAUAAAUGCAUUGAAUGCAAAUGAGACUGGUGCUGAAAAAUUGAAGCCAUUAGUAAUUGGGCAUUAUGAAGGACCUAGAUUUUGCCAAUCCAUUUUAACUGAUCAACAAGAAAUUGAUGAACAACUUGUAAUUGAAGAUACUCUUAGUGAUACAGAAAUUGUUGAAAUGACUGGCUUUAGAAGAAGAUAUGCAAAUUGA